UCCAACCCAUUUCCCCUCUAGGGUUUUCCACCAUGGCGUCCGCCACGCGCGCGCUCCUCCUCUCCAGGCUCUCGCCCCUCCCCGCCGCCACCUCCCGCUUCCUCCGCCCGCUCGCGGCCGCGGGGAGCCUCCUCCCGGCCGUUCUGGUACCGUCCCCGGCCCCGGCGCCCGGAGCGGCGGCCAGGAGGUUCGCGACGCUGCCUGCAAAUCCGUCCCCGAACCGCAGCAGCCGCUCCCCCACGGAGAUCAGGACCCCCCUCGACGACGGGUGCGACUUCGAGCACUGGCAGAUCCAGAUGGUGGCGCCCCCAGGCGACAAGGCCAACCCCGACGUACCCCGCGACGAGAUCAUCGACGGCUACAUCAAGACCCUCGCUCAGGUCGUCGGAAGUGAAGACGAAGCAAGGAUGAAGAUCUACUCUGUGUCAACUCGGCAUUAUUUUGCUUUUGGAGCCCUAGUAUCCGAGGAAAUCGCCAAAAAACUCAAUGAGUUGCCUAAUGUCCGCUGGAUUCUUCCUGAUUCAUACCCGGAUGUCGAAAAUAAGGUGUACGGAGGAGAACCAUUUAUAGAUGGAAAAGUUGUUCCUUACGACCCCAAAUACCACGAGGACUGGGUGAGAAACAAUGACAUUAUGAAUCGACACGAAGGAUGUAACUGCCACAAGUGGCGUCGCCACUUUGAAAGGAGAAGGGAGAACACACAGGCGUACUAGGGCGAGAUUGCUAGCUCCGCCAAGCAGUGGCGGAGGCACAGGGGGGCCAGCCAGGGCCCGGGCCCUCCCCAACAUCCUAAUUUCCUUGGUAAUAUGCAUAUGAACAGUGACAUAUUUUUACUGUUACCUGCAGCCGGCCCUCCCCAACGUCCAAUUAUAUGCAUUCCUGCCUCCGCCACUGCCGCCAAGUUACCAGUCUCCCCCACAGGUAAUCCAAGCCACCGAGGCAGCGGUAACUACCACGUGCCUACACCUAGAUCUCACGUGCCUGCGCGGGGAGGGGCGGCCAGGGAGGCAUUACCAAUAGAGAACACUGCUAGAAUAGCUUCUCAAGUUAGUGUGAACUUUUAUAUAUGCAUAUGUUAUCUAUCCCUACUGGUCUCCUCAGAACUUUGUUUUUUG